AUGGACCCCGACUUCUGUACGUAUAUCAGUCCACCGUUGGCUGACAUGCGAAUAUGGCUGGUUACCGUGUUCGGAUCGAUGAUCUCCUUGACCAGUAUUUUGGAAAACAUAUUCUUCUUCUUUCAUUUCCUUAGGCGGUAAGUUAAUAUCGUUGGAAUUUUCGUUAUAUAGUAAUAAUGUUAUUAUGAAUAUUUGAUCUUUUUGUUAUAAGGGAUAAUAUAUUUUGGAAAAAUUUACAAACAAAUUAAUUUUUAAAAUUAUGUCUUAUGUAAACCUGAAAACCUUAUCAACGUAUAUAUUAUGUUAUAGCCUAUAACUUCUUAAAUGUUUCAGAAAGCACCACCGCACCACCUACAACAUCUACAUGAUGAUGAUAGCCUUCUUCGAUGUGUUCGUCAGUCUAGCCUACAUCUUUCUGAUGUCAGUAGGAGUAUUCGCAGAAUACUACGAGUUCCCGAGUGUUAUCAAAGUGUACUAUUACUACAUGCCUCCCAUGUUGACCGUCUCUCACAUUGCCAUUACCACCACAUCUUUCCUUAUCUUGGCCGCUACAAUCGAGCGGUUCUGUAUCACGCUGAACACGAGCUGGUCUCCGAUAGUACAAAGGAGACGACAAUGGAUCGUGUUCAUAGCCAUACUGAUGGGGGUGAUCAGUAAGGGCGGGAUUUUCAUUGAAAUGAAGGUAGGUUAACAUAUCUGUGGAUAAUUGGUUUUUUAUUAUGUAAUUUUAUAUUUUGGAACGUACAUUACGAAUAGCAGUGUUACUUACACGAUUUAUCCUCUCCUUACAACAACAAAAUCUAUUUACAUUCACCUUUCUUCACCCUCCAAAUCAUAUUAUUGUAGGUCGUCAUCUUCGAGGAAUGCAAAGGUCAGAUGACAGAGUACGGGCUAGCGAUGGAGGCCUUCAGCCAGCCCAACACGCCCUACAAUGAUGUAAGUUUGUAAACCGACUGAACUACAUUUAUGUUAAGUACUUCCGAUUCUAUUACCGUAACUUUGUCACCAUCUUCUUUCCUUUCUUUGCCCUCUUCUGGUUGAACAUCCUGAUUGUGCGAGCACUUCACAAUCAAGAAAAGUACGAGAGUGUCUCCAACAACAACGCCCAAACCAAACGAAAAGUGAGUUCGGACUGAUUAGCAUAAACUCAAAACAAUAACAAUACCCAUAAUUUCUGGAAGAGGGGGGGGUGUCUUUUGAAGGCUGGGCCAGAAAAAAAUUUUAAUUUAACUGGCAAACCAUCCAUCUGAAAGAUAAAAAUUCGUUUUUUCUCUUAAAACUUCCUUUUAAACACCAUGCCAAAACCCGCCAAAAUUUAAAUUUAAAAAACCGCGGGCCUUUUUAAUAUUUCUAAUUAAGCCAUAUUACCCAUGCAUAACUUUCAAACCCAUUUUAAAUUAACAUCUUUGAUUCACAAUGUCAACACUUUCAGGCUCAAGCACGAGCAGCCACCCGGACCAUGGUGUUGGUGGUAUGUACAUAUUUAAUCUCCAACAUUCCGAAUGUCUUUAUCACAACUUGGGAGCACGUAGACAAAGGCUCGUUGGUGGCCAAGGAGAAGUGAGUAAACAACCACAAUUCUUAACCAAAUUUGCAGAUUUUACGCCAUUACCAUCGACAUGUUGUCUAUAUUGACCAACAUGGCGUGCGCCUUCCGGCCCAUUAUCUAUAUGUUGUGUCAGGCGCCGCUACGGAAAGAAGUGGCACAGUCGCUCAGGGAGUCGUACAAACGGUGUAUCAGUACGAGGCGAAGAACGACGCCUCAGGUAAACUUUAAAAUAGCUGGUUUAACUGUUUUAUAUAGUUCUUAAUAGUGUUUUCUUAUAUCAAAUUGUUGUUUUAGAGACCUUUAAAAGCCGUUUUAUCGUUUUUUGGUCUGAAAACUGUAAACUGAUAAACAAAAACACUUUCAGGCGGUAACGACGACAAAAGGGCAGUCUUGUACACUAACGUUAGCCACCAAGAACCGUGAGAACAAUAUAGAAAGUAUGACAAAACCAGCGUUGCCGCAGGCAUUGAUUGCCAAUCUGGAUGAGAGCUCAGAAACGACACAAUCAGAAGUUUCUUCCAAGUUCCUGAACAAUAUGAACAACGAGACCUUGCUAUGA